AUUUGUUUACAAAAUUUAAUAUGGUCAAUUUGCAAUUACAAGGCGACAGUUUAAAUUUGAUUAAAACAAAGUCCAUCUUAUCAGCGUUUCUUGCCAGAGUUAAACUAAUGAAGCAAAAUAUUGGACGGGGCGAAUUUUCUCAGUUCCCCAAUUUGUCACAGACAAGCUGCCAGGAAGACGACGUUUCAACUUACGUUCAACAUUUAAAUGCCCUCUAUUCAGAUUUUGAAUCUAGGUUCGAGGAUAUUUUGACUAUGGUAAUACCACCGUGGAUAAUUAAUCCAUAUGGUGACAUACAAGAAACGAAUGUCAUAAUACAAGAGCAACUGACUGAACUAAGUACAAACGAAGAACUUGAGGUUCAGUUUAAAAACGGAUAUCAGCAAUCCUGGCUGCAGAACAACAUACCCGUUACUUAUCUCGUAUUAUGGAAUAUAGCGAGGAAAUUUUUAAUUUCCUUUCCAUCGUCAUACUUAGUGGAAAUGGGGUUCAGCGCUGUUACCAAUCUCCUAACGAAAAAAAGAAACAGACUGGACAUCAUUAGCCGAGGAGAUUUAUGAUUAAUUAUUACAACAUUGACGCCAAAUGUUGAUAAUGUAUUAUUAAAGCAUCAGGUUCAUCCUUCUCAAUAAAAUUAUUGACUUAUUG